CUAUAGAUAUACGAUGCGUGGCUGCGCCCGCGUUCUAACGUCUCAAUAAUAAAUCAGUGCGUUGACAGCAGUCUCGUGUUUCACUCGCGUCCUGUGCUCCUAUACUUACCAGUGGCGACUUCUACCCGCGUUUGUAAGAAAUAAAAAUGGCCGGUGCAAAUUUCGGAUUUAUUUCAAAUUUUGAUCACAAUCUUCAGACUUGGAAGAUAAUAUAUAAAUGCAGAUUGGAGCAGUGGUUUAUUGCAAAUGAUGUCACGGACAAGAGCAAAAAACGGGCAAUUUUGCUCAGCGCACUCAACGAGGGCACCUACAAACUCGCAGCGGACCUGGCGCUGCCCAAGGAGUUACAGAACGUGCCAUAUGAGGACAUUGUGGACGUCCUCGACAGCCACUUCACCCCAAAGCAGGUCGGGUUUAGCGAGCGCCAUCAGUUUUACGCCGCUACUCAACAGCCGACAGAGACGCCUGCACAGUGGGCUGCCAGAUUACGGGGCCUGACCGCGCAGUGUGGGUUCAGCAACGUCGAGGAAGCCCUACGUGAUCGCUUCAUAAUGGGAAUGCUGCCGGGAGCCGAGAAGGAGAAGAUGUACGUGCAGGGGCUGGCAGAGCUGACGCUUGCCAAGGCCGUGGAGCUGGCGGAGAGCAUGCGCAGCGCACGCGCCGCCGUCAGCAGCGCCUCGGCUGCGGGCUCAGCGCCGCCCGCGCCGGACCAGCUGUACAAGAUUCGUCGAGACGGCUCCGUCANCGGUUGUUAAAAUCUCGCUCCGGUGCAAACCUCUAAUGCGAACCACAAGGCGGAAUCGUGUCGUUUUGCCAACUAUACCUGUAGGAAGUGCAAUAAAAAAGGUCAUUUGCGUCGCGUGUGCAAAAAUGUUAAUUAUGUUGCUACAAAUCCGAGUGAGGUAAAUGAGGGCGGCGAAGACGACGACGGUGAGUUAUUCAACAUACGUUCUUAUAGAGGCGAACCACUAGUUGAAACGGUGUGCAUUAACGGUAAACAUUUAAAAUUCGAAAUUGACAGUGGAUCGGCGGUUACAGUCAUUUCAGAGAGUACCUACAAUUUGCAUUUUAAUAAUAUACCGUUAGUAACGACUAAAAAGAAACUUGUUAGUUAUACAGGCGAAAUGUUAGGUUGCGCUGGAAUAAUGUGCUUACCGCUGCAAUGGAGUGGGCGAACGCGCUCACUCAACGUUUACGUAGUGCGCGGCGGCGGGCCGCCGCUUCUCGGUCGCGACUUCAUUUCCCAGUUUGAGCUACAGCUGACUCCGGUUAAUUAUUGCGAACAAAGUGAUGAUGUUUUAAAGCAAGUUCGCAGUCGUUAUCCCGCCUUAUUUUCAGGGACAUUAGGAUGUUUCAACAAAUACAAGGUUAAAUUAACAUUGAGGGAAGGUUCUAAGCCCAUUUUUUGUAAGGCUCGGCCGGUAGCGUUUGCGUUGAGAGAUAAAAUUGAAAGUGAAAUUGAUCGGUUGGUUGGAUUAGGGGUGCUCCGGCCGAUAGAACACUCAGAAUACGCGUCACCAAUCGUACCGGUACUUAAACGCGAUGGAUCUGUUCGUAUGUGCGUGGAUUACUCAGUCACUUUAAACAAACAAUUAGUGGUUGAACAAUACCCACUUCCAACUAUAACUGAGCUAUUUUCUAAACUUUGUGGGGGGCAACAAUUCACAAAAUUAGAUUUAUCAAUGGCGUAUAAUCAAUUUUGUCUAGAUGAGACGUCACAACCCCUAACGUGCAUCAAUACGCAUCGCGGUUUGUUCGCUUAUACGCGUCUAGUGUUCGGGUUGACCAGCGCGCCGGCUAUCUUUCAGCGCGCCAUGGAAAAUCUACUUUCAGGCAUUAGCGGCGUCCUAGUACUACUUGAUGACGUUUUAGUGACUGGUCAAUCCCAGUCAGUCCACCUAGAUAGGUUAAAUAAAGUGUUACAACGACUGCAGGACGCAGGAUUAACACUACAGCCAGAAAAAUGCGAUUUCUUUAGAGAUGAAAUAGGUUAUUUAGGCUACGUGAUUAACAAAGACGGGUUAAAAAAAUGUCCAGAUAAGGUAAAAGCAAUACUAGAAGCACCAGUACCUACAAAUAUAAAUCAAUUGCAGUCAUUCUUAGGAUUAGUUAAUUAUUAUAGGUGUUUUGUCCCUGGAGCAUCUUGUAUAAUGAGUCCGCUGUACGAGCUUUUAAAAAAGGGUUGUAAAUGGCAUUGGUCCAGUAGGGAAGAUGAGGCAUUUAAUACUAUAAAAAAAUAUUUGGCUUCAGAACAAGUGCUUACUCACUUCGACGGAAAUGCCAAAAUUAUAUUAACUGUAGAUGCUUCGCCUAGUGGUUUAGGGGCAAUUUUAUCUCAAGUUGAUAAGGACGGCCAAGAAAAACCUAUUUCAUUUGCAUCCCGAACGUUAAAUAAUGCGGAACGGCGCUAUUCUCAAAUACAAAAGGAAGCCACAGCGAUCAUAUUUGGAGUAAGGCGAUUCCAUCAGUACCUAUAUGGUAGGUCCACACCAUUUGUACUACGUACAGACCAUAAACCUCUUCUUUCUAUCUUUGGGCCUCAUAAAGGUAUACCUGAAGUAUCCGCAAAUCGCUUGCAACGAUAUGCUUUGUUUUUGACUGCCUACAAUUAUACUAUAGAGUAUAUAAAAAGUGCAGACAAUAGCGCGGACUACCUGUCUCGCGCGAGCCUGCCGGCGGCGGCUGCGCGGGAGGGGGAGCGCGCGGACGUCGGCUGCGACAGCGCAGCGUAUGUGUGUUUUGUAGUGGAGGGAGCGCUCCCAGUAACUGCACGCGAAUUGAGUAAUGCAACUGUUGAGGAUUGUAUUUUGAAAAGUGUUAGUAACUACAUACUUAAUGGUUGGCCUAAAAGUAUGUCAGAUAGCCGUAUAAAACCAUACCAUCUUUGCAGAUGGGAAUUGUCAGUCGAAAAUGGAUGUGUCAUGCGCGGUCAUAAAGUUGUAAUUCCCGAGUCGUUGCGUGAGCGAGUUAUGUCCGAGCUCCAUACAUCUCAUAUGGGAAUCGUAAAAACUAAAGCAGAGGCACGCGCACGAUUUUGGUUCCCGGGUAUUGACGAAGCGCUGGAGCGCAUGAUAGGCUCGUGCGCGGUGUGCGCGCAGCUGCGAGCGUCGCCGCCGCGCGCGCCUAUAUCGCCGUGGAAAUAUCCUCCGCGGCCCUUCCACCGAGUACAUUUAGAUUUUCUUGGUCCCAUAAAUGGACGCGUUUACUUAGUCAUAGUAGAUGCUUAUAGUAAAUGGGUGGAGGUGUAUGAGAUGAGCUCUAUUGCCACCUCCGUUGUAAUAGAUAAAAUGUAUGAGUUCAUGUCAAGGUUUGGAUUGAUUCAUACUUUAGUAACAGAUAACGGCACUUCUUUUUGUUCGCAAGAGUUUGAUAAUUUCUGUAAAUUAAAUGGUAUCUCUCACAUGACGUCACCGCCGUACCACCCAGCCAGUAACGGCCAAGCGGAGUCUUACGUCAAAAUAGUCAAACGGGGAAUUAAGUCGAGUCUACAAACUAGUGAUACUCAAAAACAAUGUAAAUUAAAGUUAUUAAAGUACCUAUUUGAUUAUCGUAAUUCUAUCCACACAACGACGGGAACGUCACCGGCUCAGCUAGUGUUUGGUCGCCAGUUGCGGUCGCGGUUAGACCUGCUGAACCCGUCACCGUCGCCCUCGUCGACCUCACUCGCUGAACAUGUUCAUUCCAAACAGUGUUUACAAACUGAAGCGCACGGUGGAAAGAACACUAAGUUUCUGCCUGAUCAAUCAGUGUUAUACAAAAAAUAUCUUAACAAUAAUAAGUUUAUCUGGUCGAAAGGUAUAGUUAUUAAGGAAAUUGGAACUAUGUUAUAUUUAAUUAAGGAUUGUUUUACAUCUGUUCUGGUUCGUAAACAUAAAAAUCAAUUGUUACAUUAUAAGGGGCCGCCAAUAAACUGUAGCAAUAAUAAUUGUAGUAAACCGGGGGACUGCACAAUCGAUACCCAUCAUGAGGCAACAGUGUUUGAUGACAUCACAAUAUCGGGGCCACCGAGUGACUCAUUGUCAUCUACACAACCGCAGUUUACAAAUGAGUCUCUCACUGAAGGGAGAGGAGGGAACGAGAUGCCGCCACCUGCAUCUGUUGAUGGCGUCGCAACGCCACCACCUGCAUCCGUUGACGACGUCACAACGCCGCGCGAUUCUCCUUCAUGGUGUGGCGUAACGAUGUCAAGAGGAGUGCGACGACCGCCAUCUGAAGGUGACAAUGAGUUCUACGAUGUUGAUGAAAGUCCAGAUGAGAGAAUUGCAGAGACUACAAAUAUCGGAAGAUCUAGACGUAAUCGUCCCCCGGUCGAUUAUAAAAGGUUCUUCUAA